GAUUUGAAAGGUUUUGAUUGUUCAUGUCUGAUUAUUCCUGGAGAAGCUAAAAUAUGUAUUCUGACUCAUUCAUUGCCCAAUUUGUGUUAUGUGUAGUCAGCCAUUUUCAGUCUUACACCUCCAACCACCAGGCGGUGCAUCUGUAUUUUGACAUAACUGAUGUAGAUGCAUUUAAGGAGGUCAUCGUAAUCAGCUUCAGGUGUUGCUGCUUUGUGUGGCGACACAACAGUUUCUGAACGUGCUCCUGCCUCGCAGAGCCACAGCCUUUGUUAAUGCUCAAUUUUGUGGUUAGGACUUUUUGUGGAGCAUUUGAAAAGGAAAUAUUUGACAAUACUGGAUCAGCAAAUGAAUACAAGAAUGUAUCGGCCCUGGAUCUGGAUCACUGUCUGCUUGCUCUGUGCAACAAUGAUUUAUGGUGGCAAAGUUCUUGUUUUUCCAGUGGACGGGAGUCACUGGGUAAAUAUGAAAGUCAUCAUUGAGGACCUACAUGCGAGGGGCCACCAGGUUUCUGUUGUGCGAACAUCAGAUAGCUGGUACAUCAAGGAAACCUCCCCAUUCUAUACUUCAAUUACACUCGAAACGGAGUCUGGAUUUGAUGAAGACACUCUAACUACGUUUGUGUCCCAUAUGCUGGAGAUCCAAAGGACAGGGAAGUCUGCCUGGAUGCUUUUUAAACUGGCAAUGGAAGAAGCACAAGAGACCGCUGAGCUGCAUAAGAAAACAAACAAAAUGCUUGAGCAGAUCUUUGAAAACAAAGAUUUUCUACGGUCGCUACAAGAUGCCAAAUAUGACCUCGUCCUUGCAGACCCUUUUAUACCAGUAGGUGUCAUACUUGCCCACUACCUAAAGCUGCCUCUUGUUCUUAAUGUCAGAUGGACCAGUCAAGGUGAAGGACAUUUUUCCAUUGCACCCUCUCCUCUUUCUUAUGUUCCACUGACGGGGACUGUGCUUUCAGAUAAAAUGAGCUUUCUUGAGAGGCUUCUGAAUGUAAUUGUGUUUUGCUUCACAGAAUAUCAAUUUACACAGCAUGUUUCACCAACAUAUAAGGGCUUAGUUGAUAAAUAUUUAGGUCCAGACAAAGACUUUGCAUCCUUGUUUCAAGCCGCAGACCUGUGGCUGAUGAGAGUGGACUUUGUGUUUGAGUUCCCUCGGCCCACCAUGCCUAAUGUUGUCUAUGUGGGAGGGUUCCAGUGUAAACCAGCAAAACCUCUUCCUGAACACCUGGAGGAGUUUGUGCAGAGUUCUGGAGAGCAUGGGUUCAUCAUCAUGUCUCUGGGGACUUUGAUUGGCGAGCUUCCCCAUGACCUAGCUGAUGAGAUCGCUGCUGCUUUUGCUAAAUUACCGCAGAAAGUCAUCUGGAGGCAUAAAGGUGACAGACCAGCCACUCUGGGCAACAACACUUUGCUAGUCGACUGGAUGCCACAGAAUGACCUUUUAGGACAUUCCAAGAUCAAACUGUUUGUGGCUCACGGAGGAACAAACGGAGUUCAAGAAGCUAUUUAUCACGGAGUUCCUAUUGUAGGACUUCCAUUGAUUUUGGAUCAGCCUGAUAAUCUACUUAGAAUUGAAGUAAGAGGAGCAGGGAAGAUAAUUGAUAUUUUUAGUAUGAAUGAAGACAUCUUCUUUCAGGGUAUUCAGGAAGUCCUGAAUGAGCCCUCCUACAGGAUGAACAUGCAGAGACUCUCCAGGCUGCACAGAGAUCAGCCGAUGAAGCCUCUGGAUACCGCCCUCUUCUGGAUAGAGUUUGUCAUGAGACACAAAGGUGCAGCUCACCUGAGGACAGAGUCCUACAGACUGCCCUGGUAUUCCUACCACUCUGUAGAUGUCAUACUGUUUUUACUAACUAUUGCACUACUUAUUUUGUUGUUUUUUGCUGGGUUAGUAUGGUUUUGCUUUAGAUUGUGUUUGAAAAGAAAAGUGAAAUCUGACUAACCAGUAAAGAUAAUUUCAGUCAGUGUGGCAUGCGAUCAGUUGAAUAUUGUACGGAGGUUUUAUUUUUGAAUUGUGCUUUUAGUUUUCUAGCAUAAUGUGUCAAAUUAAAUGUAAUGACCAGUUUUGACUGCCAACUAAAACAAAGAGAAAAAGUUUGAUUACUUUUGUCUAAAGUGGAGUCAUUGUAAUGGAUCUGUAUGUGAGCAUCACUUUGUGUUUAUCCAAAAUGCAAAUAACCGUACAACUAGUAGACUAACUCGAUGACAAGAUACAAAUGUCAACUCUCUUACUCUUUUUUUAUUGUAUACUACAUUGUGCUAAAAUCAUACUGUCAAAAUAAAAAAGACUCACAUUGUCAAUAAACAAAAAGUGGACUGGA